AUGAGCACCAUGCCCACCUCUCAGGACCAUGGUGAGGAUAGAUCACGGUGCCAGCAGGAAGGAAGGCAUGUCUCAGUGUUUACCUCCCCCAACCCCGACAUAUGCGAGGACCCCCGCCUCUUUGUGGAUGGCAUCAGCUCCCACGACCUGCACCAGGGCCAGGUGGGCAACUGCUGGUUUGUGGCGGCCUGCUCGUCCCUCGCUUCCCGUGAGUCACUGUGGCAAAAGGUCAUCCCAGACUGGAAGGAGCAGGAGUGGGACCCCGAGAAGCCCAACACCUACGUGGGCAUCUUUCACUUCCAUUUCUGGCGCUUCGGGGAGUGGGUGGACGUGGUCAUCGAUGACCGGCUGCCCACAGUCAACAACCAGCUCAUCUACUGCCACUCCAGCUCCCGCAAUGAGUUCUGGUGUGCCCUGGUGGAGAAGGCCUACGCCAAGCUGGCGGGCUGUUACCAGGCCCUGGAUGGAGGCAACACGGCGGAUGCGCUGGUGGACUUCACAGGUGGGGUUUCUGAGCCCAUCGACUUGACUGAGGGUGACUUUGUCAGUGAUGAGGCCAAGAGGAACCAGCUCUUUGAGCGUGUGUUGAAGGUGCACAGCCGGGGAGGCCUCAUCAGUGCCUCCAUCAAGGCAGUGACAGCGGCAGACAUGGAGGCCCGGCUGGCGUGUGGCCUGGUGAAGGGCCACGCGUAUGCCAUCACUGAUGUGCGCAAGGUGCGCCUGGGCCGUGGCCUGCUGGCCUUCUUCAAGUCAGAGAAGCUGGACAUGAUCCGCCUGCGCAACCCCUGGGGCGAGCGGGAGUGGAACGGGCCCUGGAGUGACACCUCAGAGGAGUGGCAGAAAGUGAGCAAGAGUGAGCGGGAGAAAUUGGGUGUGACUGUGCAGGAUGAUGGCGAGUUCUGGAUGACCUUUGAGGACAUGUGCCGAUACUUCACGGACAUCAUCAAGUGCCGCCUGAUCAACACGUCUUACCUGAGCAUCCACAAGACGUGGGAGGAGGCCCGGCUGUGCGGCGCCUGGACGCGGCACGAGGACCCGCUGCACAACCGCAGCGGGGGCUGCAUCAACCACAAGGACACCUUCUUCCAGAACCCGCAGUACAUCUUUGAUGUCAGAAAGCCAGAAGAUGAAGUGCUGAUCUGCAUCCAGCAGCGGCCAAAACAGUCCACCCGUCGGGAUGGCAAGGGUGAAAAUCUGGCCAUUGGCUUUGACAUCUACAAGGUGGAGGAGAACCGCCAGUACCGCAUGCACAGCCUGCAGCACAGGACCGCCAGCUCCAUCUACAUCAACUCCCGCAGUGUCUUCCUGCGCACGGAGCAGCCCGAGGGCCGCUACGUCAUCAUCCCCACCACCUUCGAGCCAGGCCACACCGGCGAGUUCCUGCUCCGAGUCUUCACUGAUGUGCCCUCCAACUGCCGGGAGCUACGCCUGGAUGAGCCUCCCCGCUCCUGCUGGAGCUCCCUGUGCGGCUACCCCCAGCAGGUGACCCAGGUGCAUGUCCUGGGGGCCGCUGGUCUGAAGGACUCCCCAACAGGGGCUAACUCUUACGUGAUCAUCAAGAGUGAGGGGGACAAAGUCCGCUCGGCCGUGCAGAAAGGCACCUCGACGCCUGAGUAUGAUGUGAAAGGCAUCUUCUACCGCAAGAAGCCAAGCCAGCCCAUCACUGUGCAGAUCUGGAACUACCGAGUCCUGAAGGAUGAGUUCCUGGGCCAGGUGCACCUGAGGGCCAGCUCGGACGACCUCCAGGCGCUGCACACCCUCCACCUCCGAGACCGCAACAGCCAGCAGCCCAGCGACCUUCCGGGCACCGUUGCUGUGCGCAUCCUCAGCAGUGCCUCCCUCACGGCCAUCUGAUACCUGCCCAUCUACCUGCAGUUCUCACCACCAUCUGCAUGUCCCCAACCAGGCCAGGGACUAACCUGGGAGCCAGGACACUGGCAUCCUUUUCCCAGCUUUUCCACUGACUUGCUGUGUGACCCUGGGGGGGGGCGGGUCUCUUCCCCUCUCAAGGACACUUGCCUCAGUGUCCCAAGGACCCCAAAGCAUUCCCUUCUCAUAGAGGAGUCUUCUUGCCUGAGAUUUAAAAUAGCCCUCCCUACCCCAACUGCCACCAUGGCUAAGGGACCCUAUCCAUCGAAAACCUUUUCCCAAGGCCCUGCUGUCUGCCAGCAGAUUGCCAAGAAGAUGUCAGUUGUUUACACACAAACUGCCACAUCCCCAAGGUUCACUCUUGCCCCUUGUGUCCCAGGCCUUCCCCAGUGUCCAAGACUUGCUUUCUUUGGCACCUACAUCUGGUUUUCUAGCCACCUUGAAAGGACUCUUGGCUCUUGGGUUCCUGCCCAGGCUAGAGUUUGGGAAAUGUCCAGGUGACAUCUGUCCAUUCUCGAAUCCCAUCCACUCACCCGCCCAUCAUGUAUUUAUUCGAAGGAGAUUUGCCAAAUGAAUAAACCAUGCCCAUGAGACCCCAUGUGGAGCCGGGCCUCUCCUCGCAGCUCUGGGAGACCCGGCGUCCGUCCUGGGCCUCGCCUCUGCGCUCAGGUCCUCUCAGAUACAGACGCCCAGAGGAGCUGCAGCCACCUUCUCCUUCUAGGUUCUGAUUGCAUUCCCAGCCUCUGGUUUAGGGUCCCUGGAGAGGUGGUGGAGAGGAAGGGCAUCCUGCCUCCACUGCCCUGAUGCGGGAAGGAGUGUGUCUGAUGUAGUGGGCCAGGCGGGGAGAGACCUGAGGGGAGGCACAUGCUCCCAGGACCCCCUCUGCUGCAAGACCUGGGCUUUUCCCGGGAGCAGGGUCUCUGGAGUGGUGGUCUCAGGCCCACUGGCAUCAGUUUGCGCGUUGGGCUUGACAGGAGAUGGUAAAUCCAUUGUCUGACCAGAGGCCCUUCCACCAACAUUCCCCCGAAGCGUAGCUGAGGAGCCAUAACCCUCUUGCUGCCUGGACCAAAACUCUCCUCUUAGUCCUCAACGUUUUAUAUUCUUUCCGUUUUAACUCUCAAUUUUAACCAGGGGUUUUUAAAGGAAAACUGAAAGCC